AGUAUAAAAUCGUAGCAGAAAUUAGAACAGAUUCAUGCAAGAACAAGGUACACAUGACGUGCGUUCCUCCAGCGAAGCGCACCUGUUCGCGGUCUUGUGUUAAGAAGAAUGAUGGACCUUUUUGUAUCAGAUGUGAAAUCGAAAUUGAAUCAAAAUUGACAAAGAUUGGGGGAGAGAUAGCUGCCAUACACCCAAAUGGUAGCAACAUUGGAUGCUACAAUGGAUAUGAAUUGCACGUCAACAUCUCGAACUGGGAAGGAGACAAACUGCUAGAUAUAUGUGCCAAUCCGUUAUCCAUAGAUAAGGGUUACCGUCCUAUCAUCGAUGCAAGCGGAACAAGAAUUACAUUUUCCGAAGAUACCAGUUGUAAAGGGCUACCAUGUUGUCCUAAGAAGCGGUACCUAUCCAACACAAUAAGUCAAGGAUAUGGAAGAUACGAAAACGGAACAAAUGACUGCAACAGUUAUGAGCAUAGAUCAACAACAACCAGUAUGCAAAGUUCAGAUGCAUCACUGGUAACAAUUAGUUAUUCAAUGAUCAUCCUUGCCCUAGUCCUGGGUAUCACUAGCCGUGAACUAAUGAACAUGUAUUGGUGAACAACGAUAUCCCAAGACGAAAUAUUACGCAGGUCACGAACCUAGCUCUUUGAAAAACACCGAGGAAUAUAUGUUGUACAUGAAUUUCUAUACACUAUUGUCAUUUGUAUAAUAUGAUAACCUGAAUUCCCUUCAAGAGCCUUAUCUACAUGUAUUGUUAUAGAAUUAACUGUAUAUAUUUUGCUGUGCAACGAUAAUAGAAUGCAAGAACUGAAUGGCAAACUUCAUGAAAGCCUUCCAUAAAAAGGGUUUGUGAUUCAGUUCUCGUUCAACGCAAAAAAUGCACGUCGUAGUUGUUUGUUAAAUGAAUGAGUUCCGAUGUCGUCCCCUUUUAUACACAUUAUUUUGCAUUUUGAAAUCUGAACGAUUAUUGUCAUAUCCUAGCUAGCUGAAGAUCUGUAGCUCCCUGGUCUGUCCCAAUAUUUCUCCAGGUAGGUUUCAAGUGUUCUGUCCCAUAAGUGGGGUAUGUUAGCUAACAUCCAAGGCUGUACUCGUCAAUACUGUUACCGGACAUCCAUUUCCUGCACACUAAUGUCAAAGUCGGAAUGUCUGAGUAAGAUUUUCCGGAUCGUUCAACGUUGACAGUGAUGUAUUUUCGGUACCAGGAUUGACGAGUACAGCCUUGGAUGUUAGCUGACAGACACUGAUGCCAUGUUUCGCCAAAUACGUCUGUAUAGAUACGUUUAAAAUGUUCUUUUCGAGAGAGACUCUCAAUAUACACGUGCAUGUACUUCAGUGCGAAAUCCCGACUUUUUAAGGCUUUGUGGUAUGAAACGCAAAAUUUACAUUAACUCAAAUAAUUGAAGAUAUCUUUAAUUAUUUGAAUAUAUCAAUACCGAAAGGACAGAGUGGAGCACUUUGUUUGAAGAAAGCAAUUUAUAAUAUAAAGGGGGAAAUAUUGAUUAUAACAUUUUCAUGUUUUAAAGCUUUUCAUCAAUAUUGUCAGUAUGAAAGAUGGUAUGAAUAGGGGAGAGAGUUGUAUUAGAUAUUUAUAUCUGCACAGAA